AUGUACUGCCCUCUAGUGGUGUCUGUCCGUAACUGCAGCAGUGUUGGUCCCACAGACUGCUGCUGUUGUCAGUGUGUGACCAUCAUAGCAGUCAUGUUGGACCUGCACCUCCUGCUGAGCCUCCUGCUGAGCCUGCUGCCCCUGCUGUCGGCCCAGACCUACCACUGGGGUCCUUGUCCCUCCCCCAAAGUCCAGCCCGGCUUCAGUCUGCAGAAGUACCUUGGUCGCUGGUAUGAGAUCGAGAAGCUCCCAGCAUCCUUUGCAAAAGGAAAGUGCAUCGAGGCAAACUUUGACGUUCGCAAAGACGGCAGCAUCCAAGUCAUCAACCAACAAUAUUACAAAGAUAAAGUCCGUAAAGUGGAGGGGACCAUGAUCAUGCCGGAUCCCAGAGAGGCGUCCAAACUGGGGGUCAGCUUCUCCUACUUCACCCCGUACAGUCCGUACUGGGUCCUGUCCACGGACUACGUGACGGUCUCCGUGGUCUACUCGUGCACGGACGUCCUGCGCCUAUUCCAUGUGGAGUACGCCUGGGUCCUGGGACGGUCCCGCUUCCUCCCGGCGGAGGCUGUUCGCUACGCCCAGGGCCUGCUGCUGGAGGAGGGGGUCGACCUCUACAAGAUGAGGGCCACGGACCAGGAGGGCUGCCAGGACUGA